GUCUGUGAGGCUGGAUGAAGUGUUGAUGUAUUCUCUCAGUCUGAGCCGCUGCUAUAUAAACCCGAUGAUUUCCACCACGCUUCUACAGAAAGGCGUCCGUGCCUCCCUUCGCGUUAGACUGCUGCACUCCACUCUCAACACCAGAAUGCCGAUCCAGGUUGGUCAACAACUUCCAGAUGUACAGGUGCACGAGGGAGACCCGAGCAACAGCAUCUCAAUGGCUGGGCUUUUCAGUGGCAAAAAGGGAGUGCUUUUUGGUGUGCCAGGGGCAUUCACACCUGGAUGUUCAAAGACUCAUCUCCCAGGGUUCAUACAGAUGGCUGGGGAUCUGAGGGCCAAAGGCGUGGAUGAGAUCGCAUGCGUGUCCGUUAAUGAUGUGUUUGUCAUGUCCGCCUGGGGAAAAGAGAACGGAGCAGACGGCAAGGUGCGGAUGCUGGCAGAUCCCACAGGAGCGUUCACAAAGGCUGUGGAUCUCGUCCUGAAUAAUGAUCACUUGAUCCAGGUGCUUGGAAAUCUGAGGUCUCAAAGGUAUGCCAUGCUGGUUGAAGACGGAGUGGUCAGGAAGCUCAACGUUGAGCCUGAUGGGACAGGCCUGACAUGCAGCUUGGCCCCAAACUUUCUCAGUGAGAUUUAAGCUUCUGAGUGCAACCAGGUCACGCCGUACAAUCAGUCACCCUUUUGUCGUAGACCCAGUUAUUCCAAAAACAGCGCUAUGGAAAUUCCCAACAAUAAACAACACUAUUGCAUAUUCUGUGGGGAAACCCACACAAGGAAGUAACUUUUACAUUUAAUUGGAGCAAUGAUUUACUGAAUUAUGAUUUAUGAAUUAUUGUGUUUGGAAAAUAUGCACAGGUUUGGCUGUAUAACGCACAAAUACCCGUUUCUGAUGGUUAUGUGUAUAACCUAGUGUGUAGCGGUUACCUAAACAGCAAUAAACAUUUCCUCAUGACUGCA